UUUGUGAGAGCUCACAUUCCAAUUAGCUACAAGGAUUUUAGAGAUGUGCCAAAUAAUUUCAGUGAUGACGUUUGGAAUGCAUUGAUGGGUGAAUUUGAGCUCGAUGUUCCACCACAUGUUGCUCGACCUUUAGCAGAGAAGACAUGGUCUCAAAAGUUUAGGACACACAAAAAUUCAAUGAGGGUAAUAUUAAAGAAACAUGGUCAUAGUCAAGCCAAGCCAAAAGGUAUUGACCCAAUUAUUUGGAGAAAGUUUGUGGAAAAUGAAAUGGAUCCAAGAAAGGUGGACCAAAUCGAAAAAAAUAAGAAUAAUCGAGUUAACUCGCAGUUUUCUCAUUGCCUUGGUCGCCGCACCUAUGCUCAAAAGGAAUAUUUAAUGCUACAAGAAAAUCCUUCAAGAUCGAUUACUCGAGCUGAGAAAUGGCUGGCAGCACAUGAGCAUAUUGAUGGAACUGUUUUGGAGAGUGCUAAGAAUAAAUAUGAGCAAGUAAAAGCUGCUGGAAAUAAAAGAAAAGGCCAAAGCUCGAAUGGAGAGGAAGUUACAACGACUUAA